AUGUAUCUCGACCAGAUGCUCCCCGAACUCGAAAUGGGCCCCACAACAAUGAUGCUCGAGAGCGAACAGGGCCGUUACGCGCCACAUGCGCAGAAUGAGCCGCGCAGGACGGUUCAUUGCCCCGCGUCGGGUCCAUCAAGCCCGGUGUCGGUAGGCUCUGAAUCCAGCUGCUCAAGUCCGGAAGCGAAAUCGGCCGCGGAAACUCGUGUGAGACGCCCGCUAAACGCGUUCAUCAUUUGGACCAAGGAGGAGCGCAGACGCCUCGCGCAGCUGAACCCCGACCUGGAGAACACUGACCUCAGUAAAAUCCUCGGCAAGACAUGGAAGUCCAUGUCUCUGGCCGAGAAGCGUCCCUACAUGCAAGAAGCAGAAAGACUACGAAUCCAGCACACCAUCGACUACCCCAACUACAAAUACAGGCCCCGUCGGCGGAAGUGCAACAAGCGUAUCAAGACACCUGCAAGCGAGACCACCACCUCUCCAAAUGGCUUUCACCUCAGCUAUAUGUUCCAAGGUCAACUCCCACAACAUACGCACAAUCAUCAUCACCCGUACAACCAAAGAAACUCCUAUAAUCUCCCACACAGAGGCGUUGCAUUCCAAAACCACUCUUCAGCGUUGCAGCACGGAGCACCAUCAUCAAACGGAGAUGUAAUGUUCCCCAGUAGUGCAUCAUUAUAUCUUCAGAAUUCAUCGUCUGUACAUCUACCCCUGGCGGCAUACUCCUUUUCACAGCACGCCGUGCAGCAAAAUGGGGUGGAGCCCCACAAUUGGCGGGGAACGGAGGUGUGCGCAUGUGUGCUUUGUUUGGGUGGACCGUCUCUAGAGUUCUAUCUAGAACAGGUGAGAUCGGAUAUGCUGGAUCAGCUUGACCGCAGUGAAUUUGACCAGUACCUCAAUCCAACGCAGCCAGACCACAACAAAGAGUGA